CUGUCUUUAUAAUGUCCAUGUUCACUGCACCUUUCCUCACUCUCUCACCUUUCUCCUAAAACAUCUCAAUGGGUUCUUCUUCUAUUACAACAUCGCCCGCAACCAUGACCAUGGCUGCGAUCGUGCUCCUGUUCACGGUCUUUGCCGUUUCCUCCGCCCUAGACAUGUCGAUAAUCUCGUACGACAGCGCCCACGCGGACAAGGCCGCCACGUUGCGCACCGAGGAGGAGCUGAUGUCCAUGUACGAGCAGUGGCUCGUGAAGCACGGGAAGGUGUACAACGCGCUCGGCGAGAAGGAGAAGCGCUUCCAGAUCUUCAAGGACAACCUGCGAUUCAUCGACGACCACAACUCCGCGGAGGACCGAACCUACAAGCUCGGACUGAACCGGUUCGCUGAUCUCACCAACGAGGAAUACAGGGCCAAGUACUUGGGAACCAAGAUCGAUCCCAACCGGAGGCUCGGAAAGACCCCGAGCAACCGCUACGCGCCACGUGUCGGCGACAAAUUGCCUGAUUCCGUUGAUUGGAGGAAGGAAGGUGCUGUUCCUCCUGUCAAAGACCAAGGAGGCUGUGGGAGCUGUUGGGCAUUCUCAGCAAUCGGUGCAGUAGAAGGAAUAAAUAAGAUAGUAACAGGCGAACUGAUUUCGUUAUCAGAACAAGAAUUGGUGGAUUGUGAUACUGGAUAUAACCAAGGAUGCAAUGGAGGACUUAUGGACUAUGCAUUUGAGUUCAUAAUCAACAAUGGCGGCAUUGAUUCUGAUGAGGAUUACCCAUACCGUGGUGUUGAUGGUAGAUGCGACACAUAUAGGAAAAAUGCUAAAGUCGUUUCUAUUGAUGACUACGAAGAUGUUCCUGCCUAUGAUGAGUUAGCCUUGAAAAAGGCCGUUGCAAAUCAGCCCGUGAGCGUUGCUAUUGAAGGAGGGGGCAGGGAAUUUCAAUUAUAUGUAUCUGGUGUAUUCACGGGGAGAUGUGGCACAGCACUAGAUCAUGGUGUCGUGGCUGUUGGGUAUGGAACAGCUAAAGGUCAUGAUUAUUGGAUCGUAAGGAAUUCAUGGGGUUCUAGCUGGGGAGAGGAUGGCUACAUCAGAUUAGAAAGAAAUCUUGCUAACAGCAGAUCAGGCAAGUGUGGAAUUGCAAUUGAGCCAUCUUAUCCCCUUAAGAAUGGUCCAAAUCCCCCUAAUCCUGGACCAUCACCCCCUUCACCUGUGAAGCCGCCAAAUGUCUGUGACAACUACUACAGCUGUGCUGAUAGUGCUACUUGUUGCUGUAUUUUUGAGUUCGGAAAUGCUUGCUUCGAGUGGGGUUGCUGUCCUCUUGAGGGUGCUUCCUGCUGUGAUGACCACUACAGUUGCUGCCCUGCAGACUAUCCCAUCUGCAACACUUACGCUGGAACUUGUCUCAGGAGCAAGAACAACCCCUUUGGAGUGAAGGCAUUAAGGCGUACUCCAGCGAAACCCCAUUGGACCUUCGGACGUAAGAACAAGGUCAGCAGUGCUUAAGCAGUUUAAGGAAAUGUGAACGUGCAGAAGGAGCCAAUGAUGAAGUAAAAGGGAAGACGAAGGACUAAAGCACCAGCUGGAUGCACUUCCCCCUUCUUCACAUAAUGCUGCACGUAACAUAAAGAUCUUUACCAUUUUAUUAUGAUACAAAAUAGAUAAUGUUCUGUAUCAAAUUUCAGUCAGACAUUGGCUCUGUACAUAGGGUUAUAUUAUCGAUGCACUGUAUUUGUAUUCAAAUUCCAAAUGGCGAACAUAUUUGAUUGCUGUUAGUUUUCAAGGUUCUGUAGAUUAUGUGACAAUGCAGCAGCAAUAUUUGGAUUUGUCCCAUAUUCACAUGCUAUUUUAAUUUGCUUACAAUGUGGAAUUCAUUGGACCCCUCUCCUUUA